UCAGAGACAUUGAGGGGUGUCGCUGGGCUAGAGAGGUUCAACAUACACGGGCCCUUGACGCUGCUGAUCCACUGGGAUAUCACCCCUUUGCUAAAGGAUCCUAUCGCCUUCGGGGCUAUGAUUGAUAUUUGGGAAGAUCAUUUAAAGACACGCUACUCUAUGGUCGACUACAUUGCAGGUCUGGAUGCCCGUGGUUUCCUCUUUGGCCCCGUUCUGGCACAGAGACUAGGGAUUGGCUUUGUGUUAAUACGAAAAAAGGGGAAGCUGCCGGGUCCAACCAAGUCUGUCUCAUAUGCCCUUGAAUAUGGCCAGGCUGAACUUGAGAUCCAGAGCGAUGCCUUGAAACCAGGGGAGAAGGUGAUCCUUGUUGAUGACCUGCUUGCAACCGGAGGUACCAUGCGUGCAGCCUGCGAGCUGAUCGAGAAGAUGAAGGCUGACGUCCUAGAGUGCUCGGUGGUCAUAGAGUUAAAAUCUCUGCAAGGGGCAGAAAAGCUGAAGCCCGUUCCCGUCUACUCUCUGCUGCAGUAUAACUAACGAUCUUCAGACCGGAGAAUGCUGCUGUGUUCGGAUCACAGCUGCCUUCUCACUGGAGAGCUGCGACGGUGUCUCACCUCAGACAAUUGCUUGAAGGCAACAGGUGCUAGAACUGUGUGUUUUCAGGGCGGGAGGAAGGGGAGCUGUGGAGAAUACUGUCCUGUGUGUGUGUCCCACUGUUUCCUCGAGAGAGAGUAAAACAAGCUUGGAUUUCCACGUAGAUGUGGGGCUGGUGCGGUAGCAGACCUGCUUCUGGUUGUUUCCCCCCAUUAAAAUGGCCUUUUAGAGA